AUGAACAACUCGCCGCUAACAACCAUUAUCGAAGAGACAUCGAGUGCAGGUACAACAACAACCCAGGAACCUAGCUCUACGCCUCCUGGAUCCGUGCAACAGGAGAUUGUACCUGACGACACAGACGAUUGGCAUUGCUCGGAUUUCUUACAUUGUCUUGGAGCGGGAGAUCCAGAAGGAAUUGUUCAGUGCGAUGCCGCUACUGAGCAAGACUGCCCAGGGUUAGCAGCAUUACUUUUACCAACACCAAAUUCUUACGUCAACAAUGGUAUUCACGCCGGUGAACAUCGAACCCGGACUUGCGGUAAUUGCAGACUACACGAAGGGCAUCCUUUAUAUCCAAACAGGCUUGCACUCAUUGAUAGUGAUUCUAACGUUCUACCUGGAAGCGGAAUCCGCAGCCAACUUUGUCGUAGUUGUAUCUACGACGAAGUAGAACUAUACUGGUUACGUCAAGGAACAGCCCGCCCCACGAAUGCCGGGUCGAGUCCGCAUAUACGACAAUGGCCUGCACCCAACGGUAUUCAGAACCUUUGCAUGUGUGAAGGAUAUACCAUCAACUUUUUCGGAACUUCCUGUUGCCAUGCCUGUCGCGAUGCGGCCUUCUUUCACUUUUGUUACAACCCCUUUCAGAUGACUGAAGACGUCCUCCACAGCUGCACCCAGCCCGUUAUAAGAGGUGCCCGGAUUUAUGUCAACCAGGACCACGGACGUUCCAUGCGCGUUUCCGCCGCCACUGUCCUUAGACGUCGGGAUCAGGGUAUUGGCCGCAUGUGUCCUUGCGGCAAUAAGCCAAAACGGCCAACUCCACAGGAGUACAUCACAUAUUGCAUGGCUUGCUUGGGCGUCCGAAUAAUUCCUAAUUUUUUACCGCGAGACUUGCGACAAGGACCUGUCAUGGCUAGACAUGAGAGACGUCAGAGCCUAAGGAACAGGGGGUUUAAGAGGACAAAGGGGCCAGCGGCCGCACAGAGACAUCCAACGUAUAGGGUUAAUAUUGAGCGUGCAUGGCUAGCACCUGAUCCGGAUAUUGGAGGGACGUGA